CUCGCUGUUGCUUCCCAUCGUGCUGUCCUUGUGUUUGCGUUUGCGGGCGUCCUGGCUUGGUAUUUUAUGAAUUUGACGACAAAGAACAACCCGACAACGUGGUGAAAUAACAAAGCCCAACAACCCACCUUGCUCGCCGCACACAACAGGCCCCGUUGGUUCCCAGUGCACAACCGUCUCCACACACGCGCAAACGCCUGAUCCCAGACAACGGAGCUCCUCCCUCCUCGAUCCAACGCAUCCACGUGCACACACACACACAUACAUACGCGCGUGCGUGCCCUCCCCCCCCCCCACACACACACACACGAACAAACAGCAAUGAUGACCCAUCCGCCUCGUCCGAUGAUGGUGUCGCCAGACAUUUGCAGCCACGGCUGGGGUGAGCCAUCGUCCUUGCUGCUGCUGCUGCUGCUGCCGUUGUCUGUGUGUCCUCCGUGAUGCCGUGAGACAAGAGGAUAUGUGCUGUGGUUGAACGUCACAAGAGAGACAAAAGAGUGGCGUGUGUGAAUGGGGUGCGCCAACGUAAUGUAACGUCGAUGUGAAAUAAGCAGGAGGGUGAUGGCAAGGGGGAAUGGAGAGCAGUGUGUCGUUCGCGGUCCAGCCUGUCAAAAGCUGCUGCAAAUAACAAACAAUGUGUUGUUGCUGGCAACCCACCACCCUUCGCGAUUGAUUCAUCCAAUCUCCCCACUCCCUUCCUCGUCCUCCUCUUCCUCCCCACCACUGCAUGCACAUGACAAACCUGAUGAUGAAACAAUGAUGAAUGGCUUCUCAUAACACCAACGACGACGACGACUAAUGCCGCCGCCGCUGACGGUGGCCGUUGCUGCCGUGUCUUCUUGUCUUUGGGGGUCCACUCGUGCGUGUGCUGUACCGUGUGCCGUGCCCACCACACGAAAUGCCUUGGCUGGUGCAUGGUCGUACUCGCUCGCGCGACUGACUCUGCUUGCCUGUCGCAUGCCUCACACUCACGUACGCACGCACGACGGCAGACGGCAACGCUGUCGAGCAAACAGCACGUGCGUGUGACGUCAGCAGCACGUGUCCUGGUGUCCGCACUUUCACCUACAACCAACGACCACGAGGGGUCACAAGCAUGGGGAUGGGCGUUGUUGACAAGGAUGAGAUUCUGCGCGAGCUCAUGUCAGUGUUGGAAGACGGCAGCUCUUGCAACGUGAACAUGACUGGUGUGAAGAAAGAGGAGGAGGAGGAGGAGAGUGACGCAACCCUCUUCGACAGCCUCAGCCAAGGCGCAGUGAAGGAGGAGUGGGAAUGGGAGAAGGAGGAGGAGGAGGUGUGCACAGAGCUUCCACAGGAGCACAGUGCACAUGAGGAGGAGCGUGGGAGGAAAAAGAAGAAGCAGAGAAAGACGAGCAAGGCCAAGAACUUACCUGCUGUGCGGUCGAACAACAAGCGUGCACUGGACGCCCGUUGGGACGAGGAGAUGCUUCGCCACAAGGACUUCAACGGCGUGGUGAAGCCGUACAUAGAGCGCCACCUCUCCAAGGCUGAUCGCACACACUUUAUGAAGGCGCGACGCCGCUACCUGAACCGCACGUACCGCGAGAAGAAGCUCGAGCGCGAACCGUCCGCCGCCAAGGCCGUGCGUCUGCAGGCGGAGGAGAACGGGCGCCUGCAGCAGGAACUGGACACGCAGGAGCAGUGCUUGGAGGAUCUCAGGGCCAAAAUCAACGCCCUUAAGGAGUUCAUGCGCCAAAGCGACAUCCCUUUCUGAUGCCGUGAAGGCCUAAGCAUGAGCAGAGGUUGCUGCCGCUGUAUGUGCACCUCUGCUCCGGUUGUAGUCGACCUUGAUUGAACUGUUGCUGAUUGUUGCUGAUUGUUG